CGACAUCAGAAUGGAUUCAGUUUUUCAAGGAAGCCGGGAUCCCCCCAGGCCCUGCUGUCAACUAUGCUGUCAUGUUUGUGGAUAACAGGAUCCAGAAGAACAUGUUGAUGGAUCUGAACAAGGAGAUCAUGAACGAGCUGGGCAUCACAGUGGUGGGAGACAUCAUCGCCAUCCUCAAACACGCCAAAAUCGUGUACAGGCAGGAGAUGUGCAAGGCGGCCACCGAAUUGCUCUGCCCUGGCUCCCCCAACGUUCAAGCCGAGCUGCGCCGGAACGCCAACAGUGCCGCCAGCCGAAUGAUCGCCAACAGCUUGAGCAGAGACUCGCCUCCCGCCACCCCGCUCCGACAACGGCCCCACGCCUCCAAAAUCUCCGUCACCGUCUCCAACAAACUGGCCGCUGCGAAGGCAGGUAGGGAGGAUGAAAGUCCAACAAUCCCAGUAAAACGCCGCCGGGUGACAGCGGAAAUGGAAGGGAAAUACAUCAUCAACAUGCCCAAGGGCACCACACCGCGGACAAAGAAAAUCCUGGAGCAGCAAGCGGCCAAAGGUCUGCAGAGGACAUCCGUCUUCGACCGGCUGGGAGCUGAGGCAAAAGCGGAUACAACCACAGGAGGGAAGCCCACAGGGGUCUUCAGCAGACUGGGUGAUGCCUUGGGGACCGAUGGGGACAAAGCCACUGAGAGCGACGAUGACUGUUCUGUCCUCCAGUACGCCGGUGUCCUAAAAAAACUCGCCAAACCUCCCCGUAAGGAAAGCACGGAGCUGGGAGGGACCAUCAAAGCGAAAGCCACCAGUUCAGAAGCCAAACCAGUCACUGUCACCACCGCCAUCCAGCGGCUCGGUCACAGGAGCACCGCCGGUAUUCACAUGGCGGUGAAACCGCAACCGACAGCAUCCAAAGGCGGCGUCAUCAGCAUUGCUGCGAUGCCGGUUGAAGCCCAGGACGGCGAUGUCACCAGCACGAAGGAUAAAAGUGAACCCGAAUUUCGGGUGACGAUUAAAAGGACCUGGGGGUGCGGGAAGGUGAGCAGCACCAGCGAAACCCCCGGCGCUCAGAUGGACAGUGCCGGCACCAUUAGCGUCUUUAAACGACUGGGGAAGAAACCGGAUUGA